AUGUCGUCGUCCUACUCGAAUCAACACACGCACGAGCAACAGAAUGACGACUCGCUGAAUCGAUUGUUCAAUAAGGUGCAUUCGUUGCGCGAAAUCACGCUCCAUAUCCAUAACGACGCGGAGCAGCAACACAGUUUAUUGCAAGACACGUCGAGUGCUUUUGACCAGGUGCGACUCCAAGUGUCGUCGUCCGCGCGCCAAUUUGCUGACAAGAUUGCGCAGUAUACCGGCUCUCACCGGAUCACUGCAGCGAUUGUCGGUGGCUUUGUAGGAUUGUGGGCCUUGUGGUUCUUUUUCCUCUAG